GAUACACAAUCUGAUUUCUUCCCCUUCCUCCUCUCAUUCACGAUCCAUUUCCCCUUUUUUCAAAUCUAAGCCAAAUCUUUCACACCAAAAAUUUAUUCCGAUCUAUUUUUUUCGUUUCAAAUCUCGCUCAUGGUGCUUCAAUUUCAAGAGGAAAGAGGUACAACCAAUUUUAUUGGGUCGAAAUUGCAAAAGAAAAAGGUAUGUUUGGUAUAUUUCCAGACCCACCGUACCCCCUUUGAAGUUUUCACUUCUAAUUGCCUCAAUAACCUUUUUUUUAUUUUUGAUUCUUGACUUAUAAUUUGUAUAUUAAAAUUCGUGGUGAAAUGGUGAUACAAUUUUUGUUUUUGUAAAUGCUCCUCAUUGCUACGACCCAUGAUGAUUGAAUUACUAGUAAUGUAUUUUUUAUUGUAUACUUAGUUGUUUGCAUUUUUUAUUGAAAUUUUUGGUUUUUUAUAUUGAAAUUUUAUAGAAUUAUUAUUUUAAAAAAUUUGUUUUACUUUUUUGAUAAGCGUAUAAUCAUGUAUCUUUUCUUCCAUUUUAAUCUUUAUAUGUUGUGUAGAAAAAAACCUCUAUUUGUUAUUCUGGUUAUUCUCUUACAUGUGCUCGUUGAUGAAAUUAAAAUCUUACUGUGAUUUGAAAUAUAUUUUUCGAGAACUUUGGAGUUACUAUCUAAAUUUGUUCUAAUAAUUGAUAUUUAUGGUGUGAUAUCUUGUUAUAAUUAAGUCUUUUUGGCACUGCUUAAUGUACUACGGGCAUUGUACUAACCUCAUAUUUUGAUGCAUUUACUUUGCAUUUGUGUACUUUCUGAUUAAACAUUAUGCUUCAACUCCUUCUCCUUUAAAAAUGUAUUACACAACUUUUUUAGACACCAUUAAAUAUACUCCCUCCGUCCCCCUAAGAUCUUCUCGUUUUGAUUUUUUGCGGUUUUUAAGGAGAGUUGAAAAAAGGUGAAAGUUUACCAAAAUACCCUUAAUGAAAAUGGGUGGGGUGUAUUAAAUAAGGUGGAAAAGGUGUAAUAAAUAAAGUAAGUGGGGGUAGUUGUGGUAUUUUAAAUGUUAAAAAAGGUAAUGAGAAGAUCUAUGUGGGACAAAUAAAAAGGGUUAAUGGGAAGAUCUAUGGGGGACGGAGGGAGUAAUAUAUAUAAAUAAAAACAUAAAUAUAUUAGAAAAAUUAAAUUUUUACCAAUGAUAGGAUGCUCAGAGACGUCAACCCAAGCCGACGCCAAUAUGCACUCCUCCUCCGGCGUCCACUUUUGGAUUGACCGUGCCGCCUCGGCCGACGUGCUUCUGGCUUUGUGGCUCCUCCGGCGUGUACUUUUUUUCGAUCCGGACGGUUCCGGUUGAGUCUCCGGAACCAAAUCUCGGUCGACAUACCCCGAUUGUUGCGUCUCGUAGAUCGGCGGUCGAUCGCCCCACUGUUGGUACAACCACAUCGCGGCGUCACUCGGCGGGAGAUCGUCGGGAAAGAAGCCGGAGCCGGAAGGAUUCAUGUUGAAAAGAGAGGGGGUAAUUUUGAAUUUUAAAAAUUGGGAAGAAGAAGAGAUUGAAGAUGGAGAAGGUGUGAGAGAUUGGGAGAGGGGGUUUGAAUUUAUAAGAAUUUUUUUUUGAAUUGGGGGGUGCAAUGUCUAUUAUAGCCGUUAAGGGGGGAGGGGAAUGGAAUCACGCAGCGUCAUUCCUUUAACGCACGCCCAAUCAAGCCCAGAUAACGCCGGAGGGGGCGGUGUUUCACGCCUCGGGGCGUUAAAUGCCCAUUCACGCCGGCGGGCGUGAAGCUCAUUUCUAGUGCUCUAAGGCACAAACCGCAGUUCUCACCACACAAACUAUGAAUUGGUCGGAAACCUGGGAAUGUACGAUGUAAUUUUAAGUCUUUUUGUCGUCCAUAUAUCUGCUCCAUAGAGGAUUAACCCGUUGCAAGAAUCGAUCAAGAAGGGGAAUUUGUUCGGGGCGGAGGAGUUGAUGGUGCAGAGCUCGGCGUUGUGGGGGUAGUGGAGUUUCAAGAAGACGGAUUUUUGAGUGAUUCCGGUGCCUCCGAAGGACCAGAGGUGGAGAAUGAGACCGGAGUCGGUGACGGGCGGGUGGUGGAGCCGGACUCUGGAAAUCAAUUGCCGCAUGAUUUGGAAACUGUCUCCAGCUUCGCUAGGGAUUUCAGGGGGACGAAAGAGAAGAUGGUUUCGACGAUUUCGUCGCAUAGAUCUCCGAACUCUGUCGCCGGCGGGAUGACGGCCAUGGCGACCGCCUCUGCUUCUUUGUCCCUCCCCCCUGUUUCUUGAUUUUUCUUCACCGUCUAUUGUUCAUGAGCGGCUACCUAGGCCGACGACGUCAACAAAGAAGACACGGCAGGGACAAUGGCUACCUCAAGUAUGUUUCGAUUGUUUUUAGAAUUAGUUAAUUAUAUCUCAUACUAAAAAUUUGGCCAUGCUUACCCAUGGAUUUCACAGCUAGGGUUUAUAAUAAUCAAUAUUUUCAGAUUCCCUUCUAGCAAUCUCUGAUGAAAGUUUGAUUUUAACUUCGGGUGCAACCUUAGCACUGUAGUUUCGAUCUUCAAUCGAUUUUAAAAGAUGAUUUCAGGUGCAGUGAGAUUGAGGAUUUUUUGUUGCUAUGAGGAAGAAGACUCUUAGGACUUGAACGAUGGAGAUGACAAUGACCUCAACAAUUGUUCAUGCUACCUUUGGUGAGCUUUUAGUUAUUUCUUUUUUGACCUUACACCAUAAUGCUUUGUAUUUCUCAGAUGGGGUAUCUUAAUUCAAGGUUGUAAGCUAUAUUUCUAGGGCACCGAUGUCUUCCCCGAUUCUUGCGGGUUGGUGGAUUUGCCGGCUUAACUUUAGGUCUAGACAAAGAGGAUGGUGGCUAUGCCUUUUAAGUAGCGAUUCUGCAAGACAUACAAUUUGGUAUAAUACGGUCAGAGAAUUAGACAAUUCCAAUUUUAAAAUGUUCUUUUUAUUAAAUUACGUAGUAUGAUUUUUAGAUAAAUAAAAUCCAAUUUUAUAAAUUGGAUUAUCAAAUAUUAAAUAAUUUUAUGUUUAAUUUCAUUUUCUGUUUAUAGAGAAAUGUGAGUGUUUGAAUCCUAAUGUUAAGCUUUUCAAAUAACUCCUCGGUAAAAUAUCUUUGAAUAUAAAAGGCUCCAAUACAGUAGGCUAAUAAACUUUCUUUUUGUCAUUACUCCCUGAUACAGCAACUUUGUUUGCAUACCCAUACUCUAAGAAUGCUAAAAGUAUUUUUGUGCAUACUGGCAUUGCAAGCUUUAGGAAUACCCACUUUGGAGGCAUCAUAAUUGAAAUGAUAUGGAAUAGUUUUUUGGUAAUAGUAAAUGUAACGCCCUGAAACCCGGCUUAGUAGUUAGUCGUUAUUUUAAUAAAAAAUGAAUAUAUUAUUUAUUGACUUCAAAAUAUGAAUUAUUUAUAAAGUUGACCAUUUUAAUUAAAAAUUAGGUUUUCGGGUAGAUCUCGUAAAAUAGUGACCAAUGGUAUAUAGCUUGUUAAGUUGGGACUUUUGCGUAAAACGUGAUGAGUAAAAUAGAUGUUACAGUUCAAUAAGUAAAUAUAAAGAUUUUAUAAUAUAAUAAUUAUUAAACCUUCCUAAACCUUAGCCGUAAGAAAAAGAAACCCCAAUCCUAUUUGGGGAGAAAUACAGGGACCAUUUUUAUAUAUGCGUAUAAGCUUUAGGGUGGAAAAAAGGGUAAUCCCUAUUUCUAUACGUAUUGGACCUUGAGAUCCAAACCCUUUAGAGACCCAAACCCCUAACCCAAUUUCCUUAAAUACUCCAUGCGCUGCUCUGUUUCCCCACUGCCGUAGAUCACCAUCAUCCGCCUGCAUUUAUCUUCUUCGCCGCGCGACAAGACCGGAACAGAGGAGAGGGAAAUCGUUGGAGCAAUUCGGCAGAGAAUUGCUUGAAAGACGCUAGAAUUCUUAAGCCAAUUAGAGUGGGAUACCUUGCCAAUUGAUUCAAGGUGAGUGAUUUAUCUCUAGUUAAAAUUAGUUCGUAGAUUAGGAUUCAUUAAUAUGUUUUCAUCCAAUUGAUGUUGAAUUCGUAAGUAUGAUUAUGCGACUGAUUGUGUGAAUUUAAUUUGAGUUGGGAUAUGAAUUUGAUUUUGGAAAAUUUAUACAUUGCUACUACUGCUGUGUUUUGUUUAUCUCUUGCUUUGUGUUCUACGAUCAUGCUCUCUCUUCUCUCUCUGUUCUGUUCGUCUCUUCUCUCUCUAUAUGUGCUGACUUGCUACUGCCACUGCUGUGGCGGUGUGUUGCUAUUUCCACCUUGCUUCCAAACGAGAAGGGAAGUUACUGCUUCUAGGGCAUUUAGCAGUCCUUAUUGUCCGGUUGUGUUGCUUGAUUUAUGUGUUUUGUGAUCUAGAUUUGCAUCUGUUCUUCUGUUAGGCCUAUGUUCGUGUUAGGCCUAUGUUCGUGUUGUUCUUAGUAUGUAAGAUGUUAGUGAGCUUAUUGGUGUAUUGUUAUGUUGUGAAAUAAAAGUGUGAAGUAGGCCACCUAGUGGUACAAGGUGAAUCUGAGUUUAAUUAGAUAUUAGAAAUCAUAAAUCGGGUUGAGAUUAGAAACUUAGGUCAUGCAGGUGAAGUCGUACACAUAGUGGUCUCGAGGGUUAAAAAUGUGUGCACGGUGGUCAUUGACCCCUGGCGAGAGCCAGUGGGGGCCUCAACCCCCUCCAUUGCGAGAGCUUUGGAGUUAUGAGUGUGGGUUUGGGCGAGAGCCUAGAUAAUAUCUAGCAGGCAGAUGGAGUAAGGAAGCAUAAGAACUAAACUGAAAUAUAAGGGUAAAUAGUGGUAGAGUUGGAUAAUGAUAUUUGCUGAUUAUUCUGAUAUUGUAUGAUCAUAUGUGAAUGGGUGCUAGUCUAUGAGUUAGUUCUAGCGUUAGAUACUUCCACUCUCUCUAUUUUUACAGGUAGGGAUCAAGGAUUGGAUGAGGAGCAGCCUGGAGGAUAGUGAAGCGUGACGCUGGUGGAUGG